AUGUCCCGCGUAAGUCGGACGGCGCUGCGUCUGCCCCGAGCGGGAGACGCCACACCGGCAAGGGCAAGGGGGGCAAGGGCGCUGGAGGGGCUGGCGGGGGCGGUGGAGGUGGUGGUGGAGGCAGUGGAGGGGGUGGGGGUGGUGGUGGGAGUGGUGGCGGGGGUGGAGGUGUCGGUGGCAGCAGUGGAGGCGGAGGAGGCGGCGGCGGUGGCGGAGGGAGCGGAGGCGGCGGAGGUGGUGGAGGCGGCGGAGGCGGCGGAGGUGGCGGAGGCGGCGGCGGCAGCAGUGAACCAUGGUCGCAGCUCUGCGCAGAGGAGUGGCUCCGGUGGAGGAUAG